AUGACGGCAGAGUCGAUAUCCUUCCGCGAGCCUCCCUACUUAAGCGGCCAGCCGUCACCGUAUUAUACACCGGCGCUGCGAGAAUGGCAGAACGCUUGUCGGAAGUUCAUAUCAACACACUUCACCCCGUUCGCGGUAGAGUGGGAGGCGAAGGGUGAAGUGCCUCAUCAUGUCUUCGAGCAAUUCGCGAAAAACAAAUUUCUGGUCGCUGCCAUGCCGGCACCUCUUCCAACCGCCGAGCUCAAAGCUGCGGGAAUCGACAACCUGCUCGAUGUUCUGAUGACGACUGGUAUAUGCGGACCAAGCUGCACGAUAAAUGUCUCGCCGGGCUUUGGGGUGCCCUGUUUGCUCCGCUACGGGAAGGCACAACUCAAACAGCGGUUCUUGGGCGAUCUCUUCUGGGGCCGAAAGAAGAUCUGUAUGGCCGUCACCGAGCCAGAAGGUGGUACAGAUGUUGCGAACAUUCGAACCUCAGCCGUCAGGAGCUCAGAUGGGAAAAGCUGCAUCAUCAGCGGGAAGAAGAAGUGGACCAGCACGGCUAUGUGGUGUACACACGCCAUUGUUGGGUUACGCACAAGAAAAGCAGGCCCAAUGGGCAUAUCUUUGAUCAUUGUACCACUCAAGAACCACAAAGGAGUCAAGGUCGAGCGCCUCAACAUGGCUGGUCAGAUCUCAAAUGGGGUCUCCGAGAUCACCUUCGACCAGGUGCACGUACCUGUUGAGAACCUGGUCGGUAUUGAAGGUCACGGAAUGAAGUACAUUAUGACCAAUUUCAACCACGAGAGACUCACGAUAGCGAUAGGAGCUACUCGUCAAGCUCGCGUCGCCCUGUCCGCGGCCUUCGAAUACGCGCUGCAGCGCCAGGCAUUUGGAAUCCCACUCAUGGAACAGCCGGUCGUGAGAAACCGACUCGCCAAAGCUGGCGUUCAGCUGGAAGCGCAAUGGGCUUGGAUUGAGCAGACAGUCUUUCAAUUAUCCCACGCAGCACAAAGUGCGACCGCGGAUGCAGAGGCCGGAGCUAUCGUGGCGGGAGUCAAGGCCAACGCUGGAGCUGUUCUGAAGGAGUGUGCUGAAUGUGCCAUGGUCGUGUUCGGAGGAGCGGCAUACAGUAAGGACGGGAUAGGGAGUAUUGCAGAGAGAGCGUGGCGAGAAGUCUUUGGGCAAAGAAUAUCAGGCGGAAGUGAGGAUGUGAUGCUCGACUUUAUGGUUCGCCAACUGGCGAGGACUGUCCGGCAAAAGGAGAGAUCACUCAGCUCUCUUUGA